CUUAAAUCCAAAGAUGCGUCUGCCUCUUUCGCCCCCAAAAGCCGGUGUCCUAAAUUCGUUCCGUCCGGUUCGUCAGGGUCCAAUUCUUCAUCCCUCAACUAGCAAUUUAUAGAGUCGAAAAAAAGUCAGCGUCUUCCAAGGGAAAUUUGAAGAAAUUUUAAGCCUAGUGAAAUCAAGAAACUUUCAGUUUACAGAGGCUAAAGGAAAGGAGAGAGCUUGAAGAUGGAUGAAGAUCACUGCGACGGUGGCUUUUUGGAGACUGGAAAAGCUGAUAGAUCGGUGUGGUUAAUGAAGUGCCCGGUGGUAGUGGCCAAGUCAUGGAAGAGCCAGGCCGCUUCUUCUUCCGAUUCUCAGCCUGUUGCCAAGGUUGUCCUUUCUCUCGACCCUCGCAAACCCGACGACCCUUCGUCUCUCCAGUUUACUAUGGAGAUGGCUGGAUCCGAGACUGGAAAUAUACCGAAAAGUUACUCUUUGAAUAUGUUUAAAGAUUUUGUUCCUAUGUGUAUCUUUUCUGAGACAAGUCAAGGUAGGGUUGCAAUGGAAGGAAAGGUUGAGCAUAAAUUUGACAUGAAACCACAUGAAGAAAAUAUCGAGGAAUAUGGGAGGUUGUGUCGUGAAAGGACUAAUAAGUCCAUGAUCAAGACUAGACAAAUACAGGUUAUUAAUAAUGACCGUGGAGUGCACAUGAGGCCAAUGCCUGGAAUGGUUGGCUUGAUUUCAUCCAACCCUAAGGAUAAGAAGAAAACAACACCAGUUAAACAGUCAGACAUGAAGAGAACCAGAAGGGAUCGUGGGGAAUUGGAGCAUAUAAUGUUCAAGCUGUUUGAAAGACAACCAAAUUGGGCUUUAAAGCAACUUGUUCAAGAGACUGAUCAGCCUGCUCAAUUCCUGAAAGAGAUACUGAAUGAGCUAUGCGUGUACAAUAAGAGAGGCACCAACCAAGGAACUUAUGAGCUUAAGCCAGAGUAUAAAAAAUCUGUGGAGGACACAGGAGCUGAAUAGCGGACAUCUACCUGAAAUUUACUUUUCUUUUUUCUCCCAUUUUUUUUCCUCUAAUUAAUGGGGACAAGUCUGAAAGAACCCACCAGCUUAAGAAACAGUGAUAUUAGCAAAGGGAAUAAGGGAUAAUAGGCAAUGUGUCUAGUAAAAGCGACAUUUGAAGUCCACAUGGUGCCAUUUAAACAAUCUUUGCUGAUAUCUGAGUAGGGGACUAGGGAGGGCAAAUAUAUCUAAAUCAAAAUAUAAUUUCAAAGGCUGAUCAAUAAAUAAAAUCUAUUGUGAUAUUUAUGUUGUGUAUUUGCAUUUUGAUCCUGCUGAGUCGGGGAGGUGCUAGAGUGCUGACUUUUGUUUCUUGC